CCGCAUACGUCAUUGCCGUGCACCGGAAGCGUAUGCUUUAUCGCGCUCUUUCCUCAACUUCUGACCCUUCCCCGGUACCGUAAAAUCCCGGGCUAUGAGCCAAAAGAGGCAUCGCCUGGUCCCGCAGACCUUGGGUCUGAAGAGGCGGCGGGAGCGAGGUCCUGUGGACGCGGACGCUCUGAGGGGCGAGUCAGGGUCUGCGCGCGCGGCGGUCGCGGAGCUAGUGCGGCUGUUCCCGCGGGGCCUGUUCGAGGACGCGCUGCCGCCCAUCGCGCUGAGGAGCCAGGUGUACAGCCUCGUGCCCGACCGGACGGCGGCCGACCGGCAGCUGAAGGAGCUUCAAGAACAGGGAGAGAUCAGAGUCAUCCAGCUGGGCUUCGACUUGGAUGCCCACGGGAUUAUCUUCACUGAGGACUACACGACCAGAGUCCUCAAGGCCUGUGAUGGCCGACCGUGUGCUGGGGCUGUGCAGAGGUUUCUGGCUUCGGUGCUUCCAGCCUGUGGGGACCUUAGUUUUCAGCAGGAUCAGAUGACACAGACCUUUGGCUUCAGGGACUCAGAGAUCACACACUUGGUGAAUGCUGGAGUCCUCACUGUCCGAGAUGUUGGGAGCUGGUGGCUGGCGGUGCCUGGAGCUGGGAGAUUCAUCAAGUACUUUGUUAAAGGGCGCCAGGCUGUCCUUGGCAUGGUCCGUAAAGCCAAGUACCGGGAGGUCCUCCUGUCAGAGCUUCUGGGCCGGCGGGCGCCUGCUGCAGUGCGCCUUGGCCUGGCCUACCACGUCCAUGACCUCAUAGGAGCCCAGCUGGUGGACUGCAUCUCCACCACUUCCGGAACCGUCCUCCGCCUGCCAGAGACGUGAAGAUUCUGCUGUUGCUGCUCAGAGCCAGGCAGGGGUUCCUAGGAGUGCCUCGAGAUGGUGGCUGAGCGGGGGUCAUCUUGGGAAGGCUGAGUGGGGCUGGGCAGGACUGCCCUGCUAGCCUGGGCUCUCACCCCUGGUGGGCUUUGGGUAGUGCUUCUGGUCUUCAUGGAGCCAGGGACUGCCAAGGCCUCGACCAUCGUCUGUUGUGGAAGAAAGUGCUGUCAUUGCUGUCUUGGGAUUGGAAGGUGGGACUGCUGGGGAGCCUGGGGAGGGAGCCAGGGUCCUUUGCCCUCCCUGUUGAAUUGGAGUUGCCAAAUAAAGUGCUUCUGCCUGUGGUGUUUCCUGAA